CGUUGAUGUAUGCACCUCGGCAGAGAAGCGCCACGGUACCGAAGAUCAGACUUUGUGGCGUCGCUGAGCUGCGCCACAUCUCGUUGACAAACACCUGCAUCAGACGAAUACACGUGCACGCAACGACAUCUGCACUUGAUAGCGUUGUCUGGAUGACUUCAUACGAAGCCAAGAACUGAGCUCGGGCAAAUGCACACUUCACGAUGUUCCAUGAGCCAGAACCGACGUUAUGGAAUGGAAUGAUCUAAAGGGUUUUCCAUCAAAUACGUCUCUCAGGCGUCACGUUCAACACCCCGAAAUAUAUCGAGCAAUAUGGCGCUCUCACGCCAUCAUAACAGGACCAGACACCCACUCAGCGCAAAGGAUCUCAUCACUGAGUCGGAGAAUUACAACUUCCACCCAAGCCUUCCACUUCAACGAUGGCUCCGUGCCGCCAAACUAUUGCUAAUCGAAGCGAAUAUCUGCGAACAGGAUGGCGAUGUCCAAAUGGCCUUCUUGUACCUCUACCGGCACGCAGAUUUGGUCAUGGUCCAGAUACCGAAGCACCCGGACUUUCGGAACCCGGCAUUUCAGACUGAUAUUGUGGCGGCGCAGCGAGCUGUCCGCAAGAAUAUCCAGAAACUGGAGUUACUGAAGCCGCGGGUUCAACAAGCCUACGAGCGCUACCUCCAAGCUGUGGAGAGACGGAAUGCCGAGACGCAACGGGUUCAUGCUGAAAGGCAUGACUUGGCCGACCAUCUUCGCCGUGGUUCGCUUGCGGAGUCUGAGGAUGGCACUUAUGAUGACGGGAUGAUGCCCUUGAAGGCUAGCGAGUAUAGUGAGCUUGCUGUCGAUCUUGCACAUCGGGAGAUUAGGCGGCGAGAUGCUACUCGACGUACGACGCGGGAGGCGGGUAUCUCACCGGGUACGGUGGCGGCGAGGCGCAGAGGGAUUGUUGUCGGGCCGCCUGACUCUGAUGGGAUGCUCGACGAACGAGCACCACCCGCCAGACCAGCGAAAGAGGCUUACCAAGACUUCGCGCCAUCUGUGACAGCCCGCCCCGACGGGCGAUCACUGACUGCGACACCGUCUCCUCCUCCAGCCGCUCGCACUUCUACGAAUAAAUACACCUUCCAACCUACUGCGACCACUGAAGCUGGCCAUCCCCUCCGCACAGUGCUUCUCCCUCCAGACCUCCGUCGCAGCUUCCUUAACCUCGCCCAUCCAAAUACAGCCCGGAACCUCGAAACCUGCGGCAUCCUCUGCGGCACGCUAAUCUCCAACGCGCUCUUCAUCUCCCACCUGAUCAUACCGGACCAGCACUCAACAAGCGACACCUGCGACACAACCGAGAGGGGCGACAACGCACUUUUCGACUACUGCGAUUCGCACGAAUUACUGGUCUGCGGAUGGAUCCACACCCAUCCGAGCCAGAGUUGCUUCCUGAGCAGUCGCGAUCUCCACACGAGCUCCGGGUAUCAGAUCAUGUUGCCUGAAGCUAUUGCGAUUGUCUGUUCGCCACGCCAUAACCCAGACUGGGGUAUCUUUCGACUUACCGACCCACCUGGCUUGCAAGCAGUGCUGCACUGUCGGGAGAAGGCGACGUUUCAUCCGCACGCUGAGCCGAACAUUUACACAGAUGCUCUGAGACCUGGACAUGUGGUUGAGGCGGCGGGGCUGAAGUUCGAGGUUGUGGAUUUGAGGAAGACUUGA